CUGCUCAGGUUCGCUCUCGUCUUCACCAAUCUCCAACUAACACACAUACACAGUAUCCCGUCUUCUGGUCGCUUACUCCCCUUUCUCGCAUCUCGACUUGCCACCAAAGAGGCAGUGUCCCCCUCUCCUACGGUUCGUAUCCGUCGCGGGGAUCAAGCAGGCGGAUCUUGCCUGGCAAUCAGCUCAAUCCUGUUCCACCGACUGGCAGGCAGAAACUGUCCCAACGACGGAUACGUGAGCUGCAGACAUGACCGCAAGUUGGAGGAAAUUGGAUGCAAAAAGAGGUCAUUUUUGUCAGGCAGUCUGCCCUCAGAGUCGAAGUUAAUUGCGUCUGGACGACAAAAGAAAAGCCCUCUUUAUGGUUCUGUUAGGUUGAUGGAAAGACUCGAGGUUAGACAUUGGUUCUUUACUAGCCAACCCCAGCUUCAUUCUGGCUGGGAGAGGGUUCAAAUGGGGCAAUUUCACAUACUAAACAACAUUAUUCUGCCCCCAUCCUUCGGUAGCUUCGAAGAAGCCGAGAUCUUUACUGUCUUUGGAAGGAAAUUUCUCGUGGCUCCGUCGAAUCUGAUGCUUAGACCGUCCGAAACAAGUUAA